AAGAUCUUAUAUUAUUAACAGGUAAGUGAGCAAUUUUAGCAUUCCACCUUCACCUUCAUAUUCUAGUAGUCUUGGCCACAAUAAUUAAGCAAUCAUGGCACUUGUGGCACAAGCUUUAUUAGUUUUAUUUCAAAUCUAUUUUACACUAGCUGCACCAUCCUUUAUUAAAGGAAACAACCCUGUUCCCUUUAUUGUAGGAGGUCAAAAUGCCAGUAUUACAGAUUAUCCCUAUCAAGUUCAAAUUCUCGUUGACAAUGAUCAUACUUGUGGGGGCUCGAUUGUGAAUAAUAAAUUUAUAUUAACUGCUGCUCAUUGCUUUGAAUUAGUAAAUACUAGCCAAGUCACAAUAAGAGCAGGAUCGUCUUACAGAACAAGUGGCGGACAAAUAAUCCGGGCAGCAAACAUAACUGUACAUCCUAAGUUUGAUUUAUCAGUUGGCUUCGAUAAUGAUGUAGCUUUAAUUGAACUAGCAACCAAUCUUAUAUACGGUUCUGGUGUAGGGCCUAUACCUCUCCCAUCCAGUACAACCAGCUUUGUGGACGGUCAGUCUUCAAUUGCUACAGGUUGGGGACUACUUGCAGACAACGGACCACUAGCUGACCAGUUGCAGGUAGUAACUGUUCCUUUGAUUACAACACAAUCUUGCCAAAAAACUCUCUAUGGUACACAAAUUACUAGCAACAUGAUUUGUGCUGGUGAAGGUGGAAAAGAUACUUGCACUGGCGACUCUGGUGGCCCUCUUGUGUCAAAUGGUGUACAACUUGGAAUCGUGUCCUGGGGUGGGGUUUGUGGCAGUGCAGUUACUCCAGGCGUAUAUGCAAAAGUUACCGAGCUCUUACCUUUUAUUAAUAGUAUAGUCAAGUUAUCUACGCCACCGUUCGUCAGAGGAAACAUUGUUCCGUUUAUAGUAGGGGGUAAUGAUGCCAAUAUUACAGAUUAUCCAUAUCAAAUUGAAAUUCUUGUUGACAAUGACCAUACUUGUGGUGGAUCUAUUUUGAAUAAUAAGUUUAUAUUAACCGCUGCCCAUUGUUUCUUGUCCAUAAAUACUAGUCAAGUAACAGUAAGAGUAGGGUCGUCUUAUAGCACAAAAGAAGGAGAAGUAAUCCAAGCAGCAAAUAUAACUUCACAUUCUGGUUUUAAUCCAUCAGUCAAUUUUAACUACGAAAAUGAUGUAGCUAUAGUUGAAUUGGCGACCAACCUUACCUACAGUGCUGGUGCAGCCCCCACAGUACUUCCAUCCAGUACUACUACUUUUGAAGACGGUCAGGCUUCAAACGCUACAGGUUGGGGACUACUUACAGAUAGUGGACCAUUAUCUGAACGACUACAAGUGGUAACCAUACCUCUUAUUACUACGGAAACUUGCCAGGCACAAACUAUUUAUAGCACACAGGUUACCAGCAAGAUGUUUUGCGCUGGCGAGGAAGGAAAAUCAACUUGUACUGGUGAUUCUGGUGGCCCUCUUGUCUCCAAUGGCGUGCAACUUGGCAUCGUGUCCUGGGGCGGUACUUGUGGCGGCGCACGUACUCCAGCCGUAUACGUCAAGGUUUCGGAGUACUUGCAAUUUAUCGAUGAUGUAAUCAGUCAAUCAAAAUUAGCAUACUCUAACAUACUGUAAUAUGUAG